AUGGAUCCGACAGGCUCAGAGCCUCUCCAGAGCGGCGGCGCAAGCCCUGCCGUGCCCGGUGGACCGGCUGCCGACGUCGCCAAGAUCUGCGACCUCUUGCGGGCAAAGGACGACACGCAGAGGUUCGUCGGCCUCGCUCUGCUCAAGUCGGUCCUCGACAACUCGCCCCAGCUCCGCCAGGAUGACCAGGCCGUGCAGUUUCUGUGGCAGAGCCUCUCGUCCAAGUUUCUCGACAGGCUGCUGCUGACCGGCUCCAACCCGUCAAACAAGAACGCCAAGGAGAUGCUCGACCUGGCCGUCUCGGUCCUGCACACCUUUGCCGCCCUUCUUCCCACGCAGCUGAGGGCCGAGCCCAAGUUGACGGGCCGGAUACCCGGGCUCGUUGAUGCCGUGCUGCACAGCUCUGAGGAGACCACCAAGCUCGUCCUGCAGCUCCUCCACACCCUGGCAAGCUCCCCCGAGGGAGCCCGCGCCCUCGUCGGUGUCCAAGACUUGAGCCCUCUCACCGAGAUUGCCCCUGCCAAUGCCCUUGUCCUGGACAUCCUUCGCUUCGCCUGGCUCAACAGCAUGGCAGGCGUCGAGGACAAACGAGCACUGUCCCACAGGAUAGACGAAACGAUUCAGAGCCUCACGUCGUCAUUUACUGGCACCGACGCAAUCACUUUGCUCGAGUUUCUCGCGUCAUUCCUGCGGCAAGCCGACUCCACGAUUCUACCCACGGAGCCAAGAUGGCUCAAAGCAAUCUCUGGCUACAUCCAAGCCAUCGUGACAAGUCGGCCCUCGAGUGAAGCAAGGUCUGCCUACACCAACGCGACCGCAUCCCUUCUGCAGGCCUAUCCCUCGACGACACCGAAGCUCCUGUUCACGGACAGCAAAAAGGAGGACAAGCCCUUUGCAUAUCUGCUCAUCAGCCUCCUUCUCAUCGACAUUCGGUCAUCGGCGCCAUUGCUCCUAGAGCAGCUGAACACGCCAGGAUAUUCCGCAACGUCCAGGCGGCUGGCGUCGGCGUUCGACAUCAUCUGCAUCUUCAUAGGGCAUCUGGUUCGAUCGCUCGAAGAAGAGUCGCUCGAGGGCCUUGCCAUGUCCCCAGACAGUCUGCUCAAGAUUCGAAAGGGAAUAUCAGAUACAAUGUCCGUCACAAUCGAGUAUCUCCGGGAUCGGUGGGAUGCCUCUGUGGCGGGUGCCAUGGGUUUGCAUCCCGACGCUCGGGUCGGCAACGCCGAGACUUCGACCGGCUCUCACCGAACGCUGACAUGGGACUCCAUCGCCAACGCAGCCAACGACGAUCCCUUCAUCCUCUCUGCUGUCCGCGCUCUGGCCCUGUGGCUGCGAGAAGACGAGAAUAAGCUGCUGCGCAAAGAGGCAACGGGGCUGGUCGACAUGUUCAUGGACCUCUACCGGGCGAGCACUCCGGAGAAACUCGACUUCAGAUCGCCCGUACUGGUCGCGUUGGAGGCAUUGGUGGUCCUGGAUCAAGGGCGGGAGCUAUUCUUGCGCCAUGACGGAUGGCAGAUAUUGAGCAAGGACUUGGCCGAGAUAUUCCGCAAUGCCUCGGCCAUGAGCCACGAAGGCGAGGCCUCUCGCGGAACUGAGAUCGUUCGCAUUCUUCUUCAGGUGGUGGAACAGGAAUCAGGCGGUACAACAGAAGAGUGGAUGAAUCUCAUUACCACCGUCGCCGCCUGGGACCUCUCCCCCCAGGAACGGCCGCCCGAGGUGCAAGAGUUCCAGGUUGCAGUGCUACAGCUCUCCUGCACGCUGCUGGCGAGGGCGAGCGGGGGGAUGCAAGGCAGAUAUAGACACUCCAUCGACGCCAUCAGUGGCAUUGCGACACAGCUAAGUCGGUGCAUUGGGCGGGAUAGCUUUGUCAGGGAAGCCAUGGAGGACGUCAUCGAUACCCUGGGCGGGCUGGAGGCACACGGUAGCUGA